GUUCAUGAUUUUCCAGUUUUAAAUUGAAUUUGCUCUUUGACAACUGGUAAGUAGAUAAUCAUACCGCCAGUUUGAAACUGUUUAAUCGAUGUCAAAAUAUUGCCUAGAAAUCAUUUAGAACUUAUAGUUGCUUAAUAAUACACAUUAAAAACUUGACAGCAAAUUGUUUCGUUAAUUUGGUGCAGCGGAAUGUCGAGCUGGGAGAUGAUGCCUAAUUAUUUAAAGGAAAUUGCUGAUAAAGGUAAUCUAAAUAGCGCCCGUGAAACAAUUGCUGCUAGCAAGGAAAAGCUAUUGCAAUUGGGCUGUACGGAGCAUGAAAUCAUAUUAAUCAAGUCAAUGGCUGAAAAAUUGUUUGCAGAACAACAAAAGCUUUCAACGGCUCAAGAUAUGUUACGCCAUCAGAGCGCAAAAUGGUCACGUAUAAGUUUUGGUUGCGCUGCAUUGGAUCGUUGCACUGGUGGUGGUAUAGUCACUCGCGGAAUCACUGAAUUUUGUGGUGGAGCAGGUGUUGGCAAAACCCAGCUGUUGUUACAAUUAUCAAUAAUGGUUCAAAUACCUCCAGCCAUGGGUGGAUUAGGCAAAGGUGUUGCGUUUAUUUGUACCGAAGAUUUGUUUCCUUCAAAACGCAUGUUUGAGUUAGCUAAGUCUUUUCAACAGCGGUAUCCUAACCUGUCCAUCAAUUAUCUUGGGAACAUACAUGUCGAGUGCGUUUUUGAGAGUGAAGAUUUGCUGAAAUGCGUAAGUGAGCGUUUGAAUACUUUGUUGGCAACUCGUGAUAUUGGUUUAAUAGUCAUUGAUUCUGUAGCUGCUAUAUAUCGGUUACAGGAUGAUUACGUGACACGUGCAAAUGAAAUGAGAAAAUUGGCUAAUGCACUGUUGGGUUAUGCAGAUAAAUAUCAUUGUGCCAUCAUUUGUGUUAACCAGGUAUCAUCCGUUAAUUCUAAAACUCCUACAAAGCGCUGUCCGAAAGAUACUGUAAUGCUUGGACAGAAAGGUAGCAAAGACAAUAUACCGUGUUUGGGUUUGGCUUGGGCUCAUUUAGGACGUACUAGAAUCAAUAUUUCUAAAUUGCCUAAGCAAAUCAAUAUACAUGGAAAAUUAAUAACUAUUAGACGCCUUGAAAUACUUUAUUCCCCAGACACACCGAAUGAGUUUGCUGAAUUCGUCAUAACUAAACAUGGCGUGGUGGAUGUGUUGUAAAAGCACAAUACAAUUUUUUUUAUUUACGUAUAUUACAUUAAGUUCAAAUAGCAAAAAUUUUAGAAAUAUU